GAUGUAUACUGUCAUCAAGUCGAUCACGUGUUUCAAUUAAUGUCGUCGUUCUUCUUAUUUCAAUUCAUUUUUUUCUAUAUUUAUAACAUAAAAUUUAUCAAUACGUUUAAUCUAAAUAUAAAAGCAAUCAAAGUAUUUUAUUUACAUCUUUGAUAAUUAAACACAUACGCAAAUAUAGACAAUUAUAUAUUAUUCUUAAAUUCAAAUUAUAAUAGAAAUUAAAACAUUAGGAAGAUUGGUCCAUUUUUUUUUGAAAAAAUAGACGUGCAUCAAAAUGGAUAAAAGCCAAAAAUUAAAAUUGCUAAAGGAUUCUAUUAAGAGUUACGAAGAUUUUCCUAAACCUGGUAUUAUUUUUCGAGAUAUAUUUCCUGUGUUUCAAAAUACGUUAGCAUUAAAAGCUAUGAGAGAUCUGCUUGUGGAACAUGUUUUGUUCCUUGAAGUUGAUUUGAUUGUAGGUUUGGACUCCCGUGGAUUUUUACUUGGCCCUAUGAUAUGUACCGAAAUUGACAAACCUUUCAUACCGAUUAGGAAAAAGGGGAAACUUCCAGGAAAGGUCGCACGUCAAAACUUCAAUUUGGAAUACGGAGAAGCCACAUUUGAAUUACAAGUAGAAAGCAUUAAGGAAGGUACUCGAGUUCUUAUAAUCGAUGAUUUAUUAGCAACAGGAGGUUCUAUGGGUGCAGCUAUUAAAUUAUUAAAAUCUUUAAAUGCAGAAAUAGUGGAAUGUUUAGUGGUAAUGGAGUUAACUGAAUUAAAGGCACGGGAAAAACUCAAUGUAUCUGUCCAUUCAUUUGUCCAAUUUUGAUCAUUAAAUAUAAUUAGACAGAUGCGUAAUAAUAUAUACAUAUAAAAUUAAGGCACAACCUAAUAUAAUUGCACAUGAUGCAAGAAACUUUUUAUAUGUGAAACAUAAAAAAAUAAAAUAUUUUUGCAAAUAAAAAUA